AUGGCAUCUUAUUCUUCAGAUGUUUACUUAAAUGAAACUCACCCUGUGGAUAGUUACCAAGCUCAUUUGAGGAGUCACAUGGCUUUUAUCUGUAACUUAAGCUGCUUCAGAUUCCCUCACGUUGACUUGGUGGUCCAGAGGACGCAGAACUACAUGCAAGAGCUCAUGGAGAACGCUGUGUUCACAUUUGAGCAGUUGCUCUCCGCACAUCUCCAAGGAGAGGCUUCCAAAACAGCAGUGGCCAUCGAGAAGGUUAAGCUCCAUGUCUUAAAGCAAUACGAUUAUGACAGCAGCACCAUCCAGAAGAAGAUCUUCCAGGAGGCAUUGAUUCAAAUCACACUACCCACUGUGCAUAAGGCCCUGGCGUCCACAUGCAAACCAGAGCUUCAGAAAUAUGAGCAGUUCAUCUUCACAGAUCAUACAAAUAUGAUCCACGUUGAGAACGUCUAUGAGGAGAUCCUGUAUCAGAUCCUCCUUGACGAAACCUUGAAAGUGAUAACGGAGGCAGCUGUCCUGAAGAAACACAACUUAUUUGAAGACAACAUGGCCGUGCCCAGUGAAAGUGAAUCCAGUCUGACAAAUCUUAAAUCCUCCAUGGAGUCAAACCAGGCCACCCCAGCCAGAAGAGCAUCUGCCAUUCUACGAGGGGCUCCAGACAGUGAGCCCCCAAGUAAUGAAGUAUUCCAGGAGGCAGAGGAUAAGCAGCAGCAGCCUGGGGUGUCUGCUCACUGGCCAGAGGGGAAGAAAUGGGCAGCUGAAAUGGACAGCUCUUCUGGGAGUCCUUUCACGGCAGAGAAUACAGAAGAACCCCCAAGCUCACACCUGUCGGAGGCAGAAGCCAGGGAGACGCUUAAAGAUGAGGAACCAAUCCGCGAGAGCCCAGAGUCUAGCAGCACUCCGGGAUCCUUGAAGGAGCUGAAAGAGCUGUUGACUGUGACAGUGUCUGUAGAGCCUGCCCAAGUGAUUGAAAACGAGGCAUGCAAGGGGACACCUAUUCCCCAAGAAAAUGAAAACAAGGAUGAAAACAAGAUCUACCCAGAAGACAUCCAUUCAGCUGCCACCCAGUAGGACAACUGCAAAGAAAGUGAAGUCAGCGAGAGGGAGGCCCAUCCUACCCCUUUGGAAGUCGAGGCUCCCGGAUUGGGGUUGGGGACCAUGCUGGAGGGUAGCGGUCCUACCUCUCAAUCCACCUUUGAAGACACCAGCUGUCUAGGCCCCGCAGGGAAGCCAUUAUGUCUCCAGAAGCCACUGAGAGGGUGCCCCCAGCGAUCAUGUCCAGCUGUGGUGGUCAUCCCUCAAGAAGAUGCCGUGUCAAAUUCUAAUCCCAUCUGUCCUGUGAAGAGCAAUGAGAUGCCCCAGGUUUCCGAGGCUCAGGAAGUGCUGGGAGGGGAUGAUAGCCCAGCCCCUGAUAUGGGUACAGAGCAAGUCACUGCUAUCCGUGUGCAUGAGUGCCGGUGGGUGGUAGAGGAUGCCCCAAACCCUGACAUCCUAGCUGUGCAGGAUUGUGAUGCGGGCUUUUCAGAGCAGACCUCAGAGGAGUGA